ACAAACGCACGCUCCUCCUCUAUAGCGAACCCCGGAUGUGAGGGGAUAUUCAGCGCUGUGUCGCCGUGUCACCAGGUGUCUGGAUCUCAGUGUGGUGACUGCUGCUUGCAAAACCGCCAGGAUGAUGCGAGCAGGAGGACUUUUGAAACUGGCAGUGCUGGUUUCUCUCUUGUUUCUAGCUGUGUUCCUGGCAUUUGAGCUAUUGGAGAGCAAAGCGAAUUUUAAUUUGGGCAAAGUACUUGCACGAUAUGCACCCGCAGAGACUGUCUCCACCGGGCCUCCGUGCCACAAAUGCAGCCUUUCUAAAUCAUGUCCGGAGGACCAUUUUGCCUUUAAGAUCACCAGCGGAGCAGCCAGCGUUGUCGGCCCAAAAAUGUGUUUUCAGGAUACUGUAUUAAUGAGUGGAGUAAAGAACAACGUUGGACGGGGUAUAAACAUUGCUUUGAUCAAUGGGAAGACCGGCGAGCUCAUCAGGACUGAAUCCUUUGACAUGUGGUCUGGAGAUGUGAACCAGCUUAUCAAAUUCUUGAAGGAAAUAGAAGAUGGAAGUAUUGUCAUGAUGGCCACUUUUGAUGACCCUGCAACAAAGCUAAACGAUGAGGCCAGAAAUCUGAUAGCAGAAUUGGGCAGCUCAAGCAUCGGCAUACUGGGAUUCAGAGAUAAUUGGGUGUUUGUAGGGGGCAAAGGGAUCAAGACAAAGAGCCCCUUUGAGCAGUAUAUCAAGAACAAUGCAGAGACCAACAAGUAUGAAGGCUGGCCUGAAGUUUUGGAGAUGGAAGGAUGCAUUCCCAUAAAACAUCAGUAGAAUGAAUUUCAAAUUAUUUCGCAUUUUCAUGUACAGCCUGGAGAAGGUCGAAGAAUUCAAAAUUGUACAUAUGCAAUGUUGUAUUGUUCGAUUAGCAUUGACAAUGAUGCAAUUAAGAAUAGAAUAGACUUUAAAUUUGAUGUUGGACUUCCUGUAUUUUAAAUCUUACCAUUAGUGCUCCUGAGCAUUUGCUGCUCUAUAUUUCUAUUUCUUUUACAGGAUUCCCAGUACUUUUGACCAGUGAGUUUCCAUUACUUUUCUUCCAAUUGUCCAUGAUAACUAAAUGGAUUGUGCUCAUUAAAAAAGAAAAAUGUAGCCAGGUCAAUAUUUUACAGCUUAAAAUCACUAUAAAAAUGUAUAUUCACUAUAGAAAUAUCCACAACUUAACUAAUUGUUGUGAAUUUCCCAGCCCUGGAAAUCACAUUCUUAAAAAUUCAUGGCUGUGGGAGAUCGGAUUUGUAGGUUUUUUUUAAUAACUGGUCCAUAAACAGCAAGUUUUUAUCCAUUUGUGAGGCUCCAGUGUUAUAAGAAAAAGAGAGAUAUUGAGUCCGGAGAUUUACUGCAUGUCUUCUUGUUUGUAGUUUUUUUUUUUUUUUCCUCCCAGAAAGUGAAGGGAGAGGGUUUGCGCUCAUAUUUAUCACUGCACUAAGACACUCUAAAUGUUGAUCAAACUGGAUUGAAGUUAAAUGGCUAAGGGCUUCUGUCACCAAAAUGUAUUUAUUUCUUUGUUUAUGGUUAAAAUAUUUAUUUUUCUACUGGCAAUUUUGACUGCUGGACUUUAUUCCUGAAGGUAGAUAAUGAAGAAUCUUGUUUUUAAUCCUUGAAUUUAAAAACUGCCCAUAUUUCUGGUGUGCGAUGGGUUAUUGAUUUGUGUUGGGUUUUGACCUUCUACUGUUUAACUACUGUCUCCAGUUUCAUGCCAUUUAUCCUUAGCUUUUGGGAAUGUUGUUAUAUACAGUUUAGGGACUUCAAAAGAUUUCCAUUAGUUAUUGUGUUGAUAGUCAGUCUGGUUACAUGCCAAUAGUGUUCAUAGCAAGCAAUAAAUAUAUAACAGUAACUGAGUUUAUUCCUAAUUGUGCCUUCUGCAGUGUCAAUAGUAUGCGCUUUCCUACCAGGUAGUAAAAUGUCCCAUAAUUAUUGCGGAAUUAUAAUGCAAAGUCAAUGAUUUUAUAAUUCCCUGCACGAUUUUAACUGUGAAGUUGUGGAUUAAAACCCAUUUCUUUUGUAAGAAAACCAGUUAUGUGCCUUUUUUUGUUUUUUUUACCACAAUUAAAUAUGCCAAGCGAUUUUAUCUAGAUUUUUCUAGAGUUACAUGUGAAAUCAUUGAUGUUGCAUGGUCUUAAUGUGUAAAGCUGUUGUGAGGAUUUAUUUAGUCUAAAUUAAAUUUAAAUCAAGUAAACUGUGUAUUGUGUGAUUGCAGAGUCUUUUGUAAUGGCUCUAGGAUUUUUUUUUGUAAA